CUUGUGUACAGCUCGGUAAUUAAGAAAAGAAACAAUUCAGCUCAUAGGUUAUUUUACACAAAAUCUCAUGCUUAUACAUUGUAGAUUCAAAAUGUGACCUAAUUGAAUAGAUACACAAUUGAUUAUAUAUAUAUAUAUAACUUGUACAUAGUUCAUAACUUACAUUGUUCUUCAUUUUAAUUAAGAUAACAAGAUUAAAUUUUAAGGAUGGCAAGAAUUGGCAAAGGAAUUCAAUCAUGUCUAUCCUGGAUUCAUCAAAGAGAUGGUAGGGUGCCAUCAAAUGCAAUUGAUGCAGGUCAUGCUGUUUAUAUUGCUCGUAUAUAUCAUUCUGGCGAUCUAAUUCCUGGUAAAGUUGUACCACAUUUGGGCAAAGCCUAUGUUAGUUAUGAUGGAACAGAAUAUGAAUUCGAUUCAUAUGAGGUAUUAUGUGAUACAAAAUUACCACAUGGUCCCCAACAGUGCUACAAAUGGGAACGACAUAGUAAUGGAUAUGUUCCUAAAUAUGCCGUUGUUGGAGGUAUCACUUCUUCCAAUGAACCACUUUAUAUAGCUCGAGAAUAUAUUAAUGGUGAACGUGUAGUUGGAAAAGUUCAUGAAAGUCAUGAAUGUGCUUAUUUCCCUUAUGGUGGUCAAGAGAGAAAAAUGCAUCAUUAUGAAGUUCUUGUAUUAAUUAAAUGAUUACAAAAAAGAAAAGGAAAAGAGAAAAAUACAGACAAUACCCAAACCACAAUUAUCGUAAAUUGAAUUCUUUUUUCACUUUUAGAAUAAAAAAAUCAAUCUUAAUUAGCUUCAUUUAUUAUUUCAUCAAUUCUUAUUCAGGAUUUUUGUUACUAACCGAUUAUUGACUAUUGAAAAAUACCUACAUUUUUUUUGAAAACCCAAAUGAUAAUCAUGUUUUCCGAACAAAAUCUAUUUGUCAUAAUUAUUUUUCUUAUUAAAUUCAUAUGUAAGAAUAGCAUAAUCUGUUAUAUG